AAAUACUGGAUUUCCUUUUUAUUAAUUUUCAUGAAAUCCAGGAAACAGUCCUAUGGAAUGUUGGAUAUUUGGUUCUUAUUUACCAUGAGAAAGCCACUUUAGGCACCACGCACACACCCCUCACUUGUGAAGGUAAACUAUCAUUACUGAAGGAGCCCUAAUCUAUAUUUUAGAAAUCAGCUCAGGAUAUUCAUAAACAGAAAAGAGAAACUUUCUGGCUCUUUUCCACCCACAGCUAUGCCUGCUCAACAGAUUCUAGCCUUUUCUGAGCAGAAAAGCACCCCAAACUGGAAGAUGGCAUCUGAGCUCAUCUUGCCUGAGUCCCAGAGUUUGUUGACAUUUGAAGAUGUGGCCAUAUCUUUUUCCGAGGAGGAAUGGAAAUUGAUGGACCCUGCUCAGAAGAUGCUCUACAGUGAUGUAAUGCAGGAAAACUAUGAGGCUGUCAUCUCUCUAGGGUUAAAACUCAAAAAAGACACUGGAAAUGACCAACCUAUAUCUACUUCUACAUUAGAAAUACAAGCAUCAGGAUGCAAAGUAUUAAGAAAGGCCAGAAUGAAAGUUGCCCAGAAAACAACUGGCAAAGAAAAUCAUGGUGAUACACACAGGGUACAGAAACGGCCUCGAGCUUGUCUAGGGAAGAAAAGAAAGAAACUUUCAACUUGUAAACAAGAGCUUCCAAAACAUAUGGAUCUUCAUAGGAAAGGCUAUGUAGGAGAGAAACCUUUUAAAUGUCAGGAAUGUGGGAAAGGCUUUAGAGUUAGCUCUGACCUUAUUAAGCACCAGAGAAUUCACACUGAAGAGAAACCCUAUAAAUGUCAACAGUGUGAUAAGAGGUUUAGGUGGAGUUCAGAUCUUAAUAAACACUUACUGGCACACCAAGGAAUAAAACCAUAUAGAUGCUCAUGGUGUGGGAAAAGCUUCAGUCAUAACACAAAUCUGCACACACACCUAAGAAUUCACACAGGAGAGAAGCCCUUUAAAUGUCAUGAAUGUGGAAAAAGAUUCAUUCAAAACUCACACCUUAUUAAGCACCAGAGAACCCACACAGGUGAGCAGCCUUAUUCCUGUAGCAUAUGCAGGAGAAAUUUCAGCAGGCGGUCAAGCCUUCUUAGACACCAGAAGCUCCACAGGAGAAGGGAAACAUGUCCAGUGGCUCCAGUCUGAAGAAAGUCACCAUAUGGAGCUUCACCCUAGAGGUGAUGAAAGAAUACCAAAUUAUGAGGUGCCUGAUGAUAGGAUUUUGUCAUCAACAGAAAAUUUGGGAGGAGUACAUGUCAUACUUCACAUAAAGGAAUCUAAGCUAUCUCUCUUAUUCAGCAUUGUAUCUUCGGUGCCUAGCACAAAACUGAUACGUGUGUACUUUAUAAAUAAAAGAUUGAAAAUAUA